AUGGAUAAUACUGAUCUUCUUCACGAAUCAUUUGAUUAUGAUCAUUUUUUUGGUGAAAAUACAGAUGAAUUUCAUACAAUGACAUGUGUUGAAUCAAUAAAUUCCACAAAUGAAAAUCUACUAGAUUUAAAUAAUAAUAAUAAUGAUACACAAAUUAAAAAUCGUACAACAGGCAAUAUUUUAAUGGGUACAGAUGUAAAUGAAUAUUUCAGCUCUGGGGUUAAUAUAAUCAAUGGUCAAGUGAUUAAAACUGAAAAUGUACCACAAUAUUACAAUGGUAAUAC